GAGCUGGCUGUCCUCCCGUCCGCACCGUGCACGGUGCUCCGUUGUAAAACCAAAUACUAUACCAUCAUAUACAUACUGAGGGACUGACUGACUGACUGUGUGGUCGACAGACCGAGAGUACCAGUGUAAUUGUGGCGACGGCGGUGAUGACGACUACGUAAAAAAUACUGAUCCCACCAGUCGUCAGUCACAGGGCAAUAUUGGAAAACAAAUUGAGGAAGUGACAUUACAUCGAAGGGAAGUUACGAAGUUUCUAAAAAAGCAUUGAAUUUCCUUAUUGUUCACCAUCACCACCAGCACGCAGAGCAUGUCUUGAAUUGAAGAAGCAAAAUAGUGAAAUCAAAAUCCCGUUGUGAAGUGUUCUAAAUUUUGCGUUCGGAAUACGUAAGUGGGAUAUCGACGAGGAAAGAGUGAAGUGAAAUAGAAACGCAGUGAAAAGCAAAAAAAAAGCAAGUCUGAAACAGUUGCAGCACCAGUCGAAGCAAUUGUGUAUACAUCGUAAAAAUUGCGAGCAAUCUUCUUCUCGAGCAACAACACACGCGCAAUAUCUGCAUAAAUCCAUCGGCCACAGUCAAUCAACCAUCAUCCAUCGGAUAGAGAGAGAGAGAGCAGUACUGAAAGUAAGCAACCCCAAAAACAGCAACAGCAAAACUGAGAAGAAGAAGGAGAAGAAAAGCGGUUUUCAUUUCCUUGGAGGUCAAGAAUUUUGCGUUGCUCCCGCCCACCUUUCAAUCAGUACAAUAUAUAGAAAACAUUGCUUUGUUUUUUCGAGGAAUUUGCCUCUGCCGGGAAUAAGCAAGAUACUACUCUACAUUCCUUUUUACUUCUCGGUUUUCUCUCUUGUGCCACGCGCAAUGCUUUACCUCUGAGUGCUGAUCUCUAAUUUUAGUCAACUGCUCGCUUCAGGCCAUAACUAGUGUGCCGAAAACAGUUGAGGAUUCAGGUGCGAAUUCUUUUCUGUUUUGAUAGAUUAUCCCCCGUUAUGUUCCAGUGUGCUGCAGUGUGAUCAUGUGUGAGUGUUGUUGUAGUUAAUUCGAAGAAGAAGACAAAAUUGUUGUGAGACAAAAACGAAACGUUCCUGAACCCGCAACUAACCCAAAAUCUAAUCAGAAAAUUUAUGAGUGUAUCGUGUUUGUUGUGCAUUCAACAUUAUCAACUGCAACACUAGUAUCAUCCACGCCAGCAAGAGCAGCAUCAAUAAUCACUAGAGAGCUACUCAUCACAUUUGCGCCACCCUCCGAACAGUAGAAGAUCUUAUAGGCAGCACAAUCAUUCCUUCACGAUGAAACGAAACGACACGCAAAUGAAUGUCGCUGGCAUACGGCGAAACAUCAAAAAUCUUGCACACAACUAUUCUGAUGCUCAGGUCAAAGUGCGGGAGGCGACCUCCAACGACCCAUGGGGUCCCUCAUCGACCAUCAUGGCAGAAAUUGCCGAUUUGACGUACAACGUGGUAGCCUUCUCGGAGAUUAUGCAAAUGAUUUGGAAGCGAACCAACGACCAUGGCAAAAAUUGGCGCCACGUGUACAAGGCCCUGCUGCUGCUGGAGUAUCUCAUCAAAACGGGCACCGAGAAGGUGGCCCAACAGUGCAAGGAAAACAUCUACGCAAUCCAGACGCUAAAGGAUUUCCAAUAUGUGGAAGAGGGCAAGGACCAGGGCAUGCACGUUCGGGAAAAGGCCAAACAGUUGGUGUCGCUGCUGAAGGAUGACGAACGGUUGAAAAACGAACGGGCGAGGGCGUUGAAGGCAAAGGAACGCUUUGCCCGGACGGCCAGCGGGUUCGGUUCGGAUGGGUCCAUUGACGGUCCCACCACCAGAGAUGCUCGCCCUCCAAAUUGGGGCGAAGGAGAACCAACCGGGCGGCCGGUGUCGGAAAUCGAAUUCGUCAGGCCUCAGACGGUGGGAGAGGAAGAACUGCAGCUACAGUUGGCGAUGGCCAUGUCACGCGAAGAAGCCGAACAGGAAGAACAAAAACGAAGAAGUGACGACGUACGGUUGCAGCUGGCACUGAGCCAGAGUGAGCAGGACUUUAAACAUGAUACAAAACCAGCCGAUAGUGCCCUGGUUGAUUUGCUGGACAUUUCAUUCGGGGCCGCCAGUAUUUCCAGUCCAUCACAGCAACCGGGUCCAUCGACUAGUACCGACCCAUGGGGACUACCAGUUGCCGGAGGAUCUAGACCACAGUCGUUGAACAUUCCGGAAGGGGCUUAUGCCGCGACUACAGACCCAUGGUCACGAACGUCCUCCCCUCCGGUUGUCGAUCCCUGGCUAAACAGUGCCUCAGCACUUCCUCCACCGACUGCGAGACCACCAGUAGUAGCAGCCGGUGUUGGCCUGGAUGCUUGGGCACCAGCGCGGACACAGUCGCCCUCGGUCACAUCAGGCUCAUCGGUGGAAGGUUGGCUCCAGAAUGGAACCGGUGCCGGUGCGACUGCCCCCGUUGCCGGAACCAAUGGAAAUGUCGAUCCGUGGCUGAAAACAUCUGCUCCCAGUGCGAGCGACGCGUGGCAGCCUAAACGAACUACACCAGUGCCUACGGCUGAUCCUUGGCAGCCUCCUAGUUCAAAUCCCGCCAAGCAAGAUCCUUGGGCACCAAUGGCAGAUGGAGCUUUUGCGUUACCAGCACAUCGACCAUCCCCAGUGGGAGCUAUUACCUCGCCAGCUUCGGACCUCGACGAGUUCGAUAUAAUUACCAAACGGAGCAAUAACAGCAAUGCAGUCAACAACAAUCUGAACAACAAUGGAUUGUCGCUACUGGACGACCUGGACCCGCUAUCGUCGAGUAACACCUCCAGUUCAGCCAGCAACUCGACACCCUCGGCAGCGGCGACGACAACGAAGAAAACACCUGCCUCGUUCCUCGGCGAAAACUCCUCGCUGGUUAACCUGGACAACCUCAUCAAACCGGUGACGACGGCACCGGGGGCAGGAGCGCCCGGAGCGCCAGCCUACAAUCCCUUCGGUGAUGCAGCACCCGUGCAGAAAAACCUGUUCCAGCAGAAUCAACCACAGGUUCCGUCCAUUAAUCAGCUGAAGCAGUCGCCUUUCCCAGUGACGCUCAAUCAAGAUCCUUGGGCACCAGUUAAUCCUACUGCUGCGGCGCAAUUCGCUGAGCAAAACUGUAGCACUGGAACGGGACAUGCUUCUAACAAUAUUUCCACGUAUGAACUAACCGAUUAUGUGAAUGUUGAUCAUGGUUUUGAUGCUAACAAUAACAACGGUCCUCUUCCCGAAAACUUCGAUUACGAUAAUAAUAAUCAUCCGGUCGAUGACAGUGUUGCCAUCGACGAUCGUGAUGCCAGAAUGUUCAAUCAUAAUUUCCUUCCGACUACAUACAUUGGCAAGCAACCCAGCAAUGCCAAUGCCCCUUUGGAAACCAUUACCGAUUCAAGACACCCUCCCCCUUCUCAUCCGCCUCCGGUAUACAACCAUUCAUCGGAAUUGAGCGACCUAUAUGAUUUCGGUUUCGCUAACGAUAGUCCUUGCGACUCUGACAGUUUUAAAACCAACCAUCAGAACAACAUCAAUAACAACGCCCCCUGGAUGAAUCCGCAGUCAUCGAAUCCAUUCCUAUCGUAAGAUCAAAGCCACCACUAUAGCAGAACCAUAGAGAACAACCAAUAGCAAUUUUACCAGAUCCGAAACAGAAAACACUGACAGGGAACAACAUGAAAGCGAAGUAACUGUGUGAAAGCACGACUGAACACAACGACAGAAAGAGAAUACCCAGGUUACUUAUUACGAUGCAAAAUGCAAAGGCGUAUAUCCGAACAAACAAAACUCUAACUCGUCUCCUCAAAAAAAAUAUCAAUGUUGAUCAGACAAUGUUUUAGUUUCCCAAACUGUAGAUAUAAUUGUAAAUCAAUAGUGACAAAAAUAAAGUGUCUGAUCCACCUCUUCUUUCUUCGCCCUUGAAUCCUACUAAAAAUGCUACCCACAACUAACGAACGUCACAGAAAGCCCUGCUUGCAACAAUGCCGAACUCUCAUAGGAAACAGCUAUAAAAACUAAUAGAACAGAAAACCGUGGAAAAUCAUAAAUGCCUUACUAAGUGUUAAAAUGAUCAUAAGAGAAAAAAAAAUAAAUAAAAACCCAAAUGACUGCUAAACUGAAACUAUUAAGCGGGCAAGAGCUCUAAAUAUGGUAAACAUUUUUGUAGCAAAUCGUGUAACAAAAGAGCUAACAAGCCCAGCUGUACGAAUAAGCAGUGUACGUGCGUACACGUGUGUAGACGCACUUCGAAUGUGGAAGAUAAAAAAAACCUUUUCUACGGCUUAUGUAUCAUAAAACUCAAUUUUGAACGUUUUUUCUAAAAAAAAAAUAAAACAAAAGAACCUUCUUUCGUAAAUGUGAUAAUUGUUACCACACGUACAUGCAGUUUAAAAAAAAUAAAAUAAAUAAAAAAUAACUGUGGUUUAAAAAAUAGUUUAAAGAGACUUUGAUUAAUUCGAGCCCUCUGUGCUGACUACUCUGCUUGGGAUUUAACUACAUAGGAGAGGAUGAGCAGCGCAUCAUUACUCUCAGGCACUGUCCUUAAUGUUACACUCAGCGGAGUAAAAAAUCUAAAUUCAUUGGUUUGGGUACAUACAUUUCGGCUGAGUGACUUUCCAAGUACCCGGAGGUCUUGAAGGUCGGAUAGCUUCAACUGAAAGUUGGUACUAUUUUUCUAUGAUGGUUCUCUAUUUCUACAUAGUUUCGAGUAAAUGUCACUCCAAGAUGAGACUUUUUGUGUUCGUUUCGUAGAUGGUUUCAAAUGAACAGGUUGCUUUAAAUCUGUGUGGGAUGGGUGAUCGAUCAGUGUAGUGAAUUUUGCGUUGUUUUGGAUCAAAGUAGGCUUCGCUUUUGUGCCUGGAAUGUUUCCACAGGGGAAAAAAAAGUAAACAAAGAAAUCAUUUCAGCUUUAGUUACAAACUACUGAAACCAAUAUCUACAUGAAAGUCGAUUUUAAUAAGAAUGCUACGAAUACCGGUUAUCAUUGAAAGUAUUUUGUCACAAAUAAACGAUAGAGAGAUCAUAUUUUCAGUUUACUUGUGUCGUAAGUGCAGGCUUUUCCCGUUACUAUUUAUUUAAAAAUAACAUAUUGAUUAUUAUUGUGGUAUAAAAAGCAUAGGAACAGCUUUUGAACGAAUCCUUAUACUUUAUGUUUACGAAGAACCUGCUAUACUCCUAGUGAUUUUUAGGUUUUUAACUUCUGUCUGGGCAACAGUAUCAAACUUUUGGAAUGGGAUACCUUUGAGUAUAAAUCGUUACACGCCGGCAGAUAGAAAGUUUUUUUUUCGCCAGCAUUACGUUCUUUUCCUUCAUUGGGAAAGAGCACUAGAUAGGUUUGCAAAUAUAGCAAAACUAAAGAGAUGAUCGAAAAGUAAUAUUUUGCUUACUAAAAUUGUCUAAUUCUAAGCACCAGGUAUACUUUUCAGUUCUGAUUGAACACUGACAACACCCGAACAAAAAAAAAAUGAGGUAAACUGGAAGAAUGUAUAAAAUUUGAAGAUUAUUUAGAACGGAAGAAUGAAAUUAUAUAUAUAUUUUAUAAAAUAAAUUGAACUGAUUUCAAUACAUGUCCAAUGACA